CUUUGAUGCUGAGGUAGCUUCGUCACAUGCCUCGAUCUCACGUGGUUCCCCGAUUACAGGCGACCGGUCGAAGGUCUCGCUACGGAAACGACUUAUCGAUGGCGCCUACGCUUACGCACGACGUUUACAAGCAUGGAGAAAGCGGGAAAGGGACCGGAGGGAGAGACGGGAAGAAGAGGUCGUUUUGGGAAAAGUGGGAGACGAGCACUGGCAGGAACUGGUAGAGGACGUUGGUCGCCCUGGUAGCCCUAUGGACAUCAGUGAUGUUAGCGACGUAUCGUCAAUCUCAUCCGUAUCUGCAUCCACCGGUCCUGAAGAUGCCGCUGACUCGGAGGAUGAGGAGACGCGGCGGUAUCUUGGAAGAUAUGCGGCAAUACGGGAACGCAUUCAGCAGCUUGAGAGCGUGCGCACUCUGAAGCCAAGGACCAAGGUUCCGAAGAGGUCUCAACUCAGUCUCGUUCUUGUUCUGUACCGCAAAGAUGACCCUGUUCGCUUUCGACGCAAUCUUCGUGUGGCACCCAAUACAUUUGAUGGGAUCGUCCGACAAAUCGAGAAUAACCCGGUUUUUGGAGGGGAGGAGGAGACCGGGAAACGUCAGCUCCCUGUGGACCGCCAGCUUGCCAUCGCUCUGUUCCGAUUUGGCCAUUACGGCAACAGCGCAUCCGUAGAGUCCAUCGCUCAAUGGGCGGGUGUGUCUGCCGGCAUGGUUGUCAACGCUACGCGGCGGGUUAUCAUCGCCUUACUGGAUCUUCACGACACUGUCAUCCGUUGGCCAAACGCUGAGAUGAAAGAGGAUGCGAAAGACUGGGUCGAAGAACAGAGCUGUGCAGCAUGGAGGGACGGGUGGCUCUUAGUGGAUGGUACUCUCGUUCCUCUGGCAGAGAAGCCUGCCUAUCACAGAGAGGCGUAUUUCGAUCGCAAAAGCAACUACUCGUUCAAUGUUCAGCUGAUUACACUGCCGAAUCUCCGCAUUAUCGACUACGUGAUUGGACACACAGGCAGCACCCAUGAUUCGACUGCAUUUGCUGAAUCAAGGACUUGCAAGGAUCAUGCUCAGUUGAUCGGACCGAACGAGUGGAUCUGGGGGGAUUCAGCGUAUCCAUCGGAAUCAUGGUGUGUCACGCCUUUCAAGAAACCAGCAAACGGCCUUGCCGAGAACAAAACCUUCAACUACUGGGUCUCACAUGUCCGCAUCCGAUCUGAGCAUGCUGUAGGCUUCCUCAAGGGUCGAUUCCAAUCACUGCGCAGACUUCGUCAACAGAUCAAGAACGAAACAGAUCAUCUUCGCGCGCUAGAGUGGAUCCGAGCUUGCCUCGUUUUACACACACUCAUUCACAACAUCGAGUCGGAGGAGGGCACCCUGGAUCAAGAGUGGGAGGAAGAACUCAUUCGGGACGGAGCAGAGGAUGAUGGGCAUGACGAAGAUGACGAGGACCCAGCUCCUGCGAGGCGUAACAGAAGGGGCCGAGAGUCAUCUGGGCAGAGGAAGCGAAGAAAGGUGAAGGAAGCGCUCUUUGCUAGCGGUGUUACUCGACGAAGGAAUCAUCAUGUUUCAUAGAUAGAAUAUGUGCUAAUCAAAUCGAUACUGGCUUGGAGAACUUGAA